UUCUCUGCGACCAUGACCACUGUACCAGAAGUGACCGAUCUCUUUGCGAGGCUUGCUUCGCAGCUCAAAACCCUAAAUCAAGAACAAAAACAAGAAGAAGAAGAAGCUCUUGACCACUCGAUUUCAAUGUUCAACCAAUCUCUGAACCUCAACAACAACGAAGACUCUAGGGUUAGGGUUUUGGACACGGCGCUAUCCCUAAUGUGCUUCAGAGCACCCCAGGUUUUCAAUUCGGUGCUUGAAUGUUUGGUCCAGACGAUUGUCACUGUUUUGUCGUCGUCCAUUUCUUGCCAGGUGUUUAGGUUUCAGAAAGACGAGGUUUUGCAGGUCGGUAGCUCGUUUUCACGCCAAGAUUGCACGGAGUUGGUCGAAGCGUGCGCUGAUAUUGUCGGGAAAUUGGAGGGACAUGGGGUGCUUGCACAGAUGUUAUCGUGUGCUGUUGUAAGAGUAGUGAUUUCAGCAUCUUGUUAUCGAUAUUUGUUACCAUCAGCUCUUGUUCUUGAUUCAAAAUCAAUUGAUGGAAGAAGCACAGCCGUUUCACAGCUGCUCUGCCAUUUGCCCAGAGAAUUCUCCCUUGAGAAUCAUGAAAUACCUUUCAGGUUGCUGUCCUGGUAUCUUGACCCAUUAACACUAAAGCAUGAUGUUUUGGAAAUUUUGCAAGACACUAUGGGGAGGCCUUUCAUUUGCUUGAAUGAGGAAUUUCAUGAGAGGAUGGACUGGCGCUCUACAAUCGUUUGCUUGGUACUUUCUCCAACUAUGUUUAUUGAGACCAGAGCUUUGUUACAUAGAUGGCUUCUAGUGACGGGUCUGGCCUUAGUGCAAGAGUUUCUAACUAAGUUUGUCUCAGUAAUAGUAGAUGUGAUCUCUAGACCAACACGGUGGGGCAUAUCAGUGGAAUUGGGAUCGAAGCUGCCAUUUUCUAAUGCAUAUUUUCCAUACAACCACCACUUACUAAGAACCUUGGCAGGACCGCUCUCAUCAGAAAGCUUUCUGCAGUUAACUUCUUCUGUAAGUGAACCAGCUGCACUGAAGAUUAGAAGAAUUGAUCACAAAUCUUCUUGGGCUCUUGCAAUCAACUUUCCAGAUUGGUUCUGUUUUGCUUCUAUUUUACUCUUCUCUGAGGAAAGCGUUCCAGACAAUUUUCAUUCAAAGUUCAAAUUGGGGACGGCCAGAAUUGAACGAACACAUGACUUGGAACCGCCUUCUUAUCGUGCUGCUGCAGCAAGGUACAUAGCAUGGAUUCUGAGCCCCAUUAGUAAAUCUAAUCAGGAUUUGCUCGUUGAUUCAUUAAUUAAAAUAUCAGAGUCCUGGAUGCUCAAGUGUUCAGUUUCACAUGACAAGGAAGCAGAUAAGAAACAGAAGAAACCUAAUUUUCAUCACGACAAGGAUUAUACUCUCAAGGAGGAGCAUGAUUUUAGAGCCACUGGGCUCUGGCUCAAAGAAUUCCAGGACAUAUGCAUGUGGUAUUGGAAUUACAGUACCGUCAACACUAUUGCAUCUUGUGAGGCCAAAUCAUCCUGUGGUCUUAACUUUAAGCAAAACCAGUUAUUCAGAAGAAUCCCAUUGGGCAUCUUGAUAGGGUGCUUGAAUCAUAUAUAUGAAGAUGGAUGUCAGAUGCUGCUACAUUAUGCUGCAACAGGUAGAAUACUUCAGUCAACAGAAAAAAAGAGCACUAAAUUGAUGCAUGCAAAAUGGAGCUCUGUAGAGUGUGAAGAAUCGGUUAGGUGGACUGAUAAAUGUAAUAAGAGGGAGGCUGUAGCAGGUGCCUGCCUUGUCUUCAGUUUAACAGACGCCGUUGAGAGCAUGUCUGUUUCAUUGUUUGAAACUGAAGAGAGUGGAUUGCAAUUUAUUUUCCGGGUGAAGUUAAGGGCUUGCAAGUACUUGAUUAAUUGUAUCAAGAGGCUAAUCCAGCUCGGAAUUGAUGAAGAUGGAGUCAUGGUGCUAAUGGAUCUCAGCACUAGAUUGGUAAAGUGGAAGCAUCAAGGGCAAGAAGUAUCACCAGUUGACAAAGAUAUAGAUGAUAUAAUUAAUAGCUUGACUCAUAAAUUAUCUUCACUUUGAGGGGAGAUUUUGUUUAUGCAGAAGUUGCUCUGUGAGUUCCUUACCAUUUUUAUCUAGUUACAGAGAUGAGUAAGGUGUAAAAAAACACGUAUUAUUUUGUUGUUCUAUGGGUACCUUAAAGGUGUAAGAAAAUGGUUGAAUAAUCUGUAUGUCAAUGAAUAACUAUAAAAAUGGCUGAUA